CUUCUAAAAAACAUUUCUUGACGUAACGAUUUUAAUGUUGUAUAAUAAAUUUUCUGAGAAAAAAGAAAUGUUUGUACAUUUUGAAACACUUGUUCACACUUCUUGAUAUCUGUUUAGAAUCCCGAUGAGAGUUUUAUCGUUGUUGUAACACCAAAAAUAACUACUUCUUUAAUCCGAAAAACAUGAAUCAUCAGAAUGGUUUAUGAAAUUCUUAGAAUGAAAAUGAAAUUAGACAAACUAUAAAGUAGUUUCUUUUUAUAUAAAAUCACGGUAGAAGGAUAAGAUAAUAGAGAAUGGUAUUGUUACGUAAAUAUUUAAGCUGAUUCCAUAAUCGUCGUUAUCUUUAUGAUCGUUAUCAAAAUAAUCAUUGGUAUUUCAUCAAGACGUACAUAUAAAUUACGGCGCAAUUAAUUACUUGUCAGUUAGCCGAUUUUUCGUGUGAAUUCGAGCGAUAUCCAGCAAUCAUGAGGAUCACCGUUGCAUUGUCAAUUUUGGCUGCACUUUGUACCAUCGAGGCCAUUCCAAUACGCGAUUUAGAAAUUUUGUGGAUGCAAGUGAGAGAAAAAAAAUGGCAGGUAGAUACAGUUAUACGUCAACUCGAGAUACUCUAUUCCGAGACCGUCGAGGAUACUGUCGAAAAAAUUUCGUCCCAAAUCGAUGAGGAACAAAGCAGUUGCAUAUCAUAUGAAAACUCAUUAAUUACUCGGAUUCGCAAAGAAGUAAACGCAGUAGGCAAUAAUGCGAAGUCAUGCCUUGAUACUGCCCAGCGUCAAAUCAGAACAAGUGCAAAAAACGCGUUCGCAGAAUCUGAAAUUUGCGAGAAGCAGGCUCGCAACUCUAUCGAGAACAAUCUCGGUUUUCUCGACAUUCUCAUCGCGACUGGAAGGGAACUAAUGUCAGAAUUAGACGAUAUUCCCCUGAAUUGUCACGACAGUAACAUUGAUAUGAGGCGGUAUUGCAUCAUUGCCGAAUUGGCGAGAAUAAGCGAUGAAAUAAGGAACUUGGAGAGAGAUAGUAUUUCCGCAGAGAUGACCACCUUGCCCGUGUCCAAAAAUGUCAUUAUGCGAUAUACCCAGUGCGUAAGAGAUGCCUAUUCUUCCGUAUAUACGAUGGGACGUAUGAUUAUAUUAAGAGCCGAGAAAUGUAUCGCAAACGCGAAUACGCCGACAACACCAAGUCCGACAACAACAAGUUCGACAACACCAUGUUCGACAACGGCAAGUUCGACAACGGCAAGUUCGACAACGGCAAGUUCGACAACGGCAAGUUCGACAACGGCAAGUUCGACAAUGGCAAGUUCGACAACAUAAGAAGAGCCUCAUCUCUAAUCCCCGACGCCGUCACCCCUUAAAUCCCAAGACCGUCACAUGUCAAUCAUAACUGUUCAUUAAAAAUAACUCUCAAAAAGAAUCAAGACAUUUCUAAGAUUGUCAUUUUUUUGAAAAAGACAUGGUCGCGAUUACAUAAUAUUCUUAUAUUGACUUUAAAGUUAGUAUAGUUUGUAGUAUGUGUUCCAACACAUUGGAAUUCUAUGAUAUAUUUUUCAAAAGUGUAAUCCUGUAUGUAAUAUGAGAGAAAUAAAAAUAAUUUGCAAAACG